UCAACAAAUCAGCUGGUCGCAACAAGAAGUGUAGAAAAUAGCGAAAAUGAGUAUUGUGCUGCAUAGAAUAAAAACAUGCCAUUUGUGGGAAAUUAUAAUAGCUUUCUUAACAAGGGAAGACGCUUUGUACGCAGUCGCUUGGAUACACGAAUUCAUAUUUUGUCCGUUUUUAUAAUCGGACAGAUCCUAAAAAACAGCCGCUGCUGUUUAAUCGAAAUGUAGAAGACCAAAGCGGGGCUUUAAUUCUAGGUUUACAGUCCGCUAUAUGCCUAUUCGUUUUGCAUCUGAUUGUAUUUCGUUUUUGAAUAAUUGUAUUAAUGGUAGGCUAUAUUAUAUCUAGUGCAUUAUUGAUACACUGCUGAAUUUCUCUCUCUCUCACACGGGGCCAUGUUUUAUUUUAAAUGAGCUUUAAUCUCUGAGAUGAUUUCUCGUUUAUUGGAUGGACUCCGGUCGUAACCCAGGAUGGGGACUGUUGUGCAGCAAAGCGCUGCAACUGGUCUCAACAAGCUCCCGAGCAGGGUGGAGCGGGAAUGGGCCAAAAGUUCAUGGACCGACAAACAUGUGACGAGCACCAGAAUGACGACCCAAAAGAAGCCUUUGCAUCCCCAGAUGAUGAUCCCAAGUGUGGACAACACUCACAUUCCCACCCCGUCAGCAGACAAGAAGCAGCAAAGAAGACAGAAGCACAAACCAAACAUUCCUUCAGUCAAACACAACACCAACACCUCUGAACUCAGCACUCAGGGCCAGUUGGAGCCUCCUUCAUUGCCCCCGUUAUCAGCUUUGGAUGGGAAGGAGAGGAGAGAGAGGAGCAGGAGGAGAGAGCAGCAGGAGAGGAGGGAGAGGAGAGAGCAGAGGGAGAAGGAGAGGAGGGAGGAUCAGGAGAGGGAGGCUCAGAGCAGCCAUCACAGGGAACAGAAGCAGACUGUCUCCAGGAGGAGUAGACGAUCUGUGUCCCUUCCUCACAGCCACAGCUCCCAGGUCCUGCCUGGAGGUGUACCUGUGGGCCAGAGGACAGCCCAGGUGUCUGGGGGGUUGGGUUGUGUAGAGGGGGGUGUAGAGGGGAAAGAGAAGGGAGAAGGGGACAUAUACAGUGACACAGACCUGUCUGAAUCAGAGAGGCUCCCUCUCCCCUCCACCCCAUCCUCCCCCCCUAACCUCGACCUCCGUCCAGAGGUCAUCUUUCCCCAUGACUUCCAACCUGAUCUCCCUGGACCCCGAGGCCACGCCCCUGGUCUGUUCAGCUACCCAGAUUUCCUCCCUCCACCCUUCAACUCCUGGAGCCUCCGGCAGCUGGCUGUGUUUCUCCACCCAGAGGGAAGACACCCCCUCUGCUCCAGACCUGCAGGCAUGGCGCUGGACAGGUACCUGGAGCAGCUACUGCUGCUGGAGUGGCUCCGGAUCCAGACGGUUCAGGAGGAGAGUGGGAGUGUAUCCUCUGUUCCAACCAGUCGCUACUGUUCCCACCAUGGUGCACCCUCCCUCCACGGGAGACUCAGCUCUCCCAAAUGCAUCCUCCAGUGCCAGAGAGCUUUCCCUUUUACUCUCCUCUCCUCCCUGUCUCCCUCUGCCCCGCUGUCUGGCUGCACACAUUACCACGCUCGCUACCCACAUUACCACGCUCGCUACCCACAUUACCACGCUCGCUACCCGCCCUGUACUGGGGCCUGCCGCUCACACACCUCCCCCUGCCUCAACCCCUUCUCUGACCACCGGGUCUCUCUCCCCAAGAGGAGCUACAGUGAGAGUCGGGUCCACUCUGCUGUGAAGGCCUCUGAGCAUCAGAGUUGUGGGAGUCCUGCCGUGGGGAUCGGCCACCUGAAACGGAUGCAGGCUUUUGGGAACAUCCGUAACCCUGUAGCCGUUAGUCCUACCAGAAGGCAGAGGUCAUCGUCUGUAGUCAGAAACCCCAGUUUUGGGUCAGGGUCUGGGUCAGGGACUGGGUCAGGGACUGGGACUCCCAGAGGAUGUAAUUGUGUUGGGUCUGGAUCUAGUGGUGCCCUCUAUGAAGUCACCAGUAGCGUGAGAAGGAGGAGGGGGAGAAGUGAAUCUGAGCGAAGGAGAGGGACAGUGACUGGGUUUGGAUCAGGGACUGGGUUUGGAUCAGGGACUGGGUUUGGAUCAGGGACUGGGUCUGGAUCAGGGACUGGGUCUGGAUCAGGGACUGGGUUUGGAUCAGGGACUGGGUGUGAGGCUUGGGAAAGGGCUAUGGAGAGGGCUGGUUUUGGGAUCGGGUCUGGGACUGGCAGGGGACUGCACUGGACAGGGUCUGGGUCUGGGACUGGGGCUUGGGCAUGGUCUGCGGCUGGAUCAAGGGCUAGUAAGAGGGCUGGGGCGAGGGCUGGGGCGAGGGCUGGGGCUGGGGAGAGGCAGGCCAAGGGCAUCAACAGUAGUCAGGCACCCCAGACAGGCCAGGGUGAGGAGGAGGAGAAGUGGAUCUGA